AUGAAAAGAUUUCGUAAAGGUAAAGGUAAGAAAAAGUUUAUCGACAAAAAGACUGCAGUCACUUUCCGGCUGGUAAACCGUAGCCAGCACGAUCCCCUGUACGUCGAUGAAACGGCACCACAGCACGUACUGGUACCGGUACGAGUACCGGCAAAGUACGCGAAUUUGAUUGCCAACAGUACCCGUCCAGUGGUCGAAGGAAAGAUUGAUGAGGCCAAACGCAAAAAAGAACAAGCAAAAUAUGGCAUCUUUUUCGACGAUGAUUACGAUUAUCUGCAGCAUCUCAGGGAACCGGAUCGUAAUGAAGUGGUGUGGGAACCGGUUGCCCCGAAAGCAUCCACCACUAAGCAGCAGCCUACCACAUCGGACACAAAAGAUGAAGAGGCUGUCCGGAUUAAGCUGCCCAGCUCGGUGUUUGCUUCCGAGUUUGAGGAAAAGGAUGGUAUCAUGAAGAAAGCGGUUGAGGUGACGCGUGGUCCACGUCCCGAUUGGGAUCCGGACGUAGUCGCCGCACUGGAUGAAGACUUUGAUUUCAGCGAUCCUGAUAAUGCGCUGGAGGAUAACUUUAUGGAGCUGGCGAUGCAGCCUGGCGACGGUGAUGACGAUGAGGAUGGUGACUACGAUGGCGAAGGCUCUGAACGUGAAUACGAUACGGAGGAUAUGGAUGAUGAUUACUCGGAUGGGGAAGAACGGGAUGGGCUAGGACCGCUUGAGGAUGGUUUCGGCAGGGAGGAAACGAAAUCGCGCUUUACAGAAUACUCAAUGUCUAGCAGUGUGAUCCGACGCAACGAGCAGCUAACGUUGCUGGACGAUCGUUUCGAAAAGUUCUACGAACAGUACGACGAUCCGGAGGUGGGCCCACUGGACUGUGAGGAAAUCGAAGGGUACGUUGAACCGAACGAUGAUGUACUGCUGAGAUGUGCGGAAGAGUUUAAGCGAAAUCGGGAGGUAAAGUUUGAUGCCGAGUUUGAGAAGCAGUGGAUUCGUGAACGUCUUUCGCAACUGCAAGAGGAACAGUCCGACGAGGAAGUCGAUAUGGUAGUGGAGGAUAGUGAACAGAAAAAAUGGGACUGUGAAAGUAUCCUCUCCACCUACAGUAACAUCUACAACCACCCGAAGCUGAUUCAGGAACCAAGGAAGGCACGCAAAAUUGUCAUCAAUCCGAAAACGGGUCUGCCCGAAAAUGUGCUCGGUGCCGAGGGUGGCAAACUGACGAUGAAAUCCAUUGCCAAACUCGAACAGGGUGAAAGUGACAAACCAAUCGGCCCAAAAUCGCUCUGCGACGGAAGCGUUAUCUCCACACUAAGCGUGCUUUCGAUCAGACCUAAAGACGAAACACCGGAGGAAAAGCGUGAGCGCAAAAAGCUGCUCAAAGAGUACCGCGCCGAACGCAGGAUAGAACGCAAGGCAAACACGCUGGCAUUCAAGAUGGAAAAGCAACUGCAGGAGAAGAGCAAGAUCAACAGCAACAUGACUUCGGCCCAAAGGAUCGUUUGACGUUGGCAAGC